GUCCGUCCCCUCCCUCGGCCACGUGGUCCGGCGCGGAGGCGGAGUCACGUGACGCGGCGCGGGGUUGUGGCGGGCCUGGCGCGCCCGCAGCUUCCCUUCCCUUUCGCGGGCGGCGCGUGAGGAGCGGCGCGGGCCGGGUCCAUGGUGCAGCCGCCACCCCGCCAUGGCCCGCGGCCUCUUCCUGCGCCUCGUCCUCAGCGCCCUGUGUGCGGCCGGCGCCGCCGCCUUCCUUUACCACGACUAUUGCGUGCUAGGAGCGGGCCCUGCCGGCCUGCAAGCCGCCUACUUCUUGCAGCGGGCCGGCCGCGACUACGUGGUGUUCGAGCGCAGCCACGCGCCCGGCAGCUUCUUCGCCAUCUACCCCCGGCACCGCAAGCUGAUCAGCAUCAACAAGCGGCACACGGGCAAGUCCAACAGCGAGUUCAACCUGCGGCAUGACUGGAACUCGCUCCUCAGCCACGAGCCCCGCCUGCUGUUCCGCCGCUACUCGAGGCAGUUCUUCCCCCACGCCGACGCCAUGGUGCGCUACCUGGAGGACUUCGCCGCCAUCUUAGGGCUGCGCGUCCGAUACGACACCGCCAUCGUUCACGUCACGUUAGAGAAGGAGCCGCGGGCGUGGAACGGGCACUACUUUGUGUUGAGCGACCAGAAUAGGCAGAGCUACAAGUGCAGCUGUUUGUUGGUUGCCACUGGCACGUGGGUCCCCAAUGUGGUAAACUUUCCUGGCUCGGAGUACGUUGAGGGUUAUGAGACGGUGUCUACCAACCCGGAGGAUUUUGCUGGUCAAACCGUGCUGAUCUUGGGCCGAGGAAACUCAGCCUUUGAGACAGCAGAGAACAUUCUGGGUGUCACAAAUUUCAUCCACAUGGUGAGCCGGUCCCGCGUGCGCCUCUCCUGGGCUACUCACUACGUCGGGGAUCUGAGAGCAAUUAACAAUGGUCUACUGGAUACCUACCAGCUGAAAUCUCUGGACGGACUUCUGGAAGGUGACCUGGAAGAUCUAGCUAUUGUCAAGGACAAAAAAGGGAAGCUGCAUAUCACACUUCGGUUCUACCUAGAGAACAAGAACAUCAGCGCAGGCAUUGAUGGGAUCACCCUCCCACAGGAUGAACUGGAUAACUUUGCUACCCGCGCACCAUAUGACCGUGUCAUCCGCUGUCUGGGCUGGAAGUUUGACUUUUCUAUCUACAACAGAUCCCUUAGAAUGAUGCCAGGAAGAGGGAAUAAAAGCAAAUAUCCUCAGAUCAAACCCAAUUACGAGUCCAGAGGCACUCGGGGGCUCUUUGUUCUUGGCACUGCUAGCCACUCUGUUGACUUCAGGAAAUCUGCUGGGGGUUUCAUCCAUGGCUUCCGGUACACAACUCGUGCAGUCCACCGCCUAUUGGAAAAUCGUCACCAUGGUGUCCCCUGGCCAUCUGCAGUCUACCCUAUUACACAGCUGACCAACUCCAUCAUCAGGCGGGUGAACGAGGCCUCGGGCCUCUACCAGAUGUUCAGUGUCCUGGCUGACAUCAUACUGCUGAGAGAGAAUGCCACAGCAUUUGAAUACCUGGAAGAAUACCCAGUUGGAAUCUUGGCUGAGUUGGAAACACAGACGGGGAGAAAAGCCCCUGCUGGGCUGUUUGUUGUCGUCAUGGAGUACGGGAGGAAUUUCUCAGGAGAUGACAAGGAUGUCUUCUACUACAACCGAGCUGUGGGAGAGGCACAGCAUGCCUGGCAGUCCAACUUUUUGCACCCUGUUAUUUACUACUACAAGCGCCUCCCUACAGAGCGUGAGAUGAGACUUCAUCCCCCAGAUUGGCCUCUUCCCCGCCCAGAUGCCAUCCAUCAUAUUGUGGAGGAUUUUCUGACAGACUGGACAGCCCCAAAUGCUCACAUCCUGCCACUGAGGCGCUUCUUGGAGAACUGCCUCAGCACUGACCUGCGCAAUUUCUUUGCAGAAUCCUGUUUCCUCUUUGCCCUCACACGUCAGAAGCUGCCUCCCUUCUGUCAGCAAGGGUAUGCAAGAUUGCAAGGACUUAUCGGGAAUGAGAGGCUCCGGCGUCAUGCAGUGGAAGCUGGCCUCCUAGAGGAUUAUGCUGUCAUGGACUUCUCAGAUGACAAACUCCCUGACAGCCGUCAAGGGUCCCAAGACCAGUUGCUGAGAGAUCAUGUGAUACCACUCCGUCCUCUGCACCACUUUGUUAAUGCCAAGGAUGAAUUUUAGAAUUUCUCAUACCACGUGGCAAUCCACAGGUGCUAUUGUGACAAUAAUGUAACAGAGAUCCACGGUGGGAUUCUUCCCUCUCCUACACGCCUUUUACAUCCCACCCCUUUCCACUGAUCAUGAAUUGCCAAAGACCUGCUCAGAUCUUGCUGUUACAAAAAGGACCAACGUGCUCUGAAGGAUAAGUCAGAGCCUGGAAUCCAAUGAUGCCGAGGCUUCUGCUUUGUCCUCACGGAGUUCAGAGUUGCUUGAAGAUGGUGUUUGUGUUUAUGUAGUAAACCAGUAAUUUACAGUGAUGUCCAGAGGUCAAAAAAGGGAGAGUUUAGGAAUUCCUGUCACCUGCCUCUUCCAAGAGAACUGGCUUGUGUUCUGUUUCAGCUUGGUGGAAGCUUUCUGGUCACUGGAUGCUCUGUGUACUUGAAGAUUUGUUUGCGUCCUGACAUGGUACUUUAGACAAACUUCAUGGCAGUUUCCCUGCAUUUGAGUUAGGGCAGUCACAGAGCUUGAGUGGAGACAGGUGGUGGGUUUUAGUUACGGUAUGAGUAGGAUAACUUGUCACUUUGGCAGAGCAAUUCAGAAGAACAUUCCCUCUGCACGGAUGAACAGCUGGGUGAGGACAGAAACAGUUACACUGAGCUCAACUCCCCUGUCCUAACAUUUUUCUUUUCCCACACCAAAAAACCUGAAAUGUUACCCCUGUGUUUUAUAAAGCAUGACCAAUAUUUUUCCUAUUUGCACUAUGUCCCAUCAAGAAAGUUUUGGGUGAACUUUGACGUUGUUAAAAUGCUCAUUCUCUUAUUUCUUUUUAUCCCCUCCAGUCAUCUUGAAGUCUCACAAGCACUGACUGGUUGGUUACCUGCACUUUAUUGCUCCCUCUUUGCCUGCCAUGUGCAUUUGUCUGUCUGUGGGUUCCUGGGGGUUCCUUCCAAGACCUUGGAGUUGCAAAGUAGGAGAAGUUUUGAGCUCAACCUUAGAAUGUCUGUGUGAUUUCUAGGCAAUAGAGACAGUGAGAGAGAAUAGACUUCUAUCUCCAUGCGCAUCUUCCAGUUCCGUAGCACCUGAAAGAAUACCCCCUUUGUAUCUGUGCUUCCUGGAUCAUAGCAGGGCUGUACCUAAAGCUCUCACGAUCCUUUGAGUCCAGCUGUUUCAGUGAAACUACAGAUCCUACCAUCUGUGCUUUGUGUUUGCAGAGGCUGGGCAACAGAAGAAAUGGAUGAGAUGACAAAUGAGUUCUUGCUCCUAUUUGCGUGUACUGUACUUGCUAGAUGUGCUGCUUCUUAAGGAUGCUUGUACCUACCUGCUCUGACAUGCAGGACUGGAGAAAUGAUGUUAUGCUCAGUUGGUGUUGAUCAGCAUCAGAAGCUCCUUGCUACAGCCUUAGCACUGUGGGCUUUUUAUUUGGGUUCAUCCAGGGAAGGAUAAGAGGCUGCCCACUUACUCUUCCAUUGUGCUCCAUGUGCAUCUCCCAGGGUUGUAUCCAGUGACAGAUGUCAGAGGUUUUACUGCCACCUGGUUCUGUGGUGCCGGUAGAUCCUGAGAAGGGAAUGCAGGUCUGUGUUGUUCGUGCAUUGCUGAUGAAACAUGGAAGCUCUUACUUCCAUCCUGCUGCCUUGGAGCUGGCAGGCAGGAUUCCGCUGUACUUCGGUGUAUGUUGUGUUAAAGUGAGUUACUGCCUGCCGUGCACUCUUGUCUAACGAACACGUUUUCUAUGGCUAUGUUCUUCCUACGAAGCUUAAAAAAAAAAAAAAA